AUAAUACUUAAAAUCUGGGACAAAGAACCGUCAGGACGGAACUGCUUCAAUUGCAAAACCUCCGCGCAGCCUGGGGAGCGGUCCCACCGUCCGAACCCCGGAGCAGUCUCUUUUUUGAAAAAGCGGAGUACAGUAUUGAGAUUCUUGAAACCUGAAACCUAGAAACAGAAUCGAAGCGGAAACCAGAAGGAAAACCUUGAACUCCUCCAGACAAUUGCUUCCGGGGAGUUUCUAGGGAGCGAGGGGGAAUAAAGAGCCCAAAAGGAGGGGCCCUCGGAUGGCGUGUCCCUGAGGGUCGUGGCGAGCUCGCGGAGCGUGAGAAGAAGACCCCACUCUCUCUCCCUGGGCUGUGGGUCAUGGCCACCGUGGAGCAGAAAGCCCUCGUCAUUGGCUUCAAGUGGCUCUCUUUGGCCACUCUUGUGCUUAUCUGCGCCGGGCAAGGGGGACGCAGGGAGGAUGGGGGUCCAGCCUGCUACGGGGGAUUUGACCUGUACUUCAUUUUGGACAAGUCAGGAAGCGUGCUUCAUCACUGGAAUGAGAUCUACUACUUUGUGGAACAGCUGGCUCAUAAAUUCAUCAGCCCCCAGCUAAGAAUGUCUUUCAUUGUCUUCUCUACUCGAGGAACAACCUUAAUGAAACUAACAGAGGACAGGGAACAGAUCCGUCAAGGCCUAGAAGAACUCCAGAAGGUUCUGCCAGGAGGAGACACUUACAUGCAUGAAGGAUUUGAAAGGGCCAGUGAGCAGAUUUAUUAUGAAAACAGUCAAGGGUACAGGACGGCAAGCGUCAUCAUUGCAUUGACUGAUGGGGAACUCCAUGAAGAUCUCUUUUUCUAUUCAGAGAGGGAGGCUAACAGAUCCCGAGAUCUGGGUGCAAUCGUUUACUGUGUUGGUGUCAAAGAUUUCAAUGAAACACAGCUGGCCCGGAUUGCGGACAGUAAGGAUCAUGUGUUUCCAGUGAAUGAUGGCUUCCAGGCGCUGCAAGGCAUCAUACACUCCAUUUUGAAGAAGUCCUGCAUUGAAAUUCUAGCAGCUGAACCAUCCACCAUAUGUGCAGGAGAGUCAUUUCAAGUUGUUGUGAGAGGAAAUGGCUUCCGGCAUGCCCGCAACGUGGACAGGGUCCUCUGCAGCUUCAAGAUCAAUGACUCGGUCACACUCAAUGAGAAACCCUUCACUGUGGAAGAUACUUACUUGCUGUGUCCAGCACCUAUCUUAAAAGAAGUUGGAAUGAAAGCCGCCCUACAGGUCAGCAUGAACGAUGGCCUCUCUUUCAUCUCCAGUUCAGUCAUCAUCACCACCACGCACUGUUCGGACGGCUCCAUCCUGGCGAUUGCCCUGCUGAUUCUGUUCCUGCUCUUGGCUCUGGCGCUGCUUUGGUGGUUCUGGCCCCUUUGCUGCACUGUGAUUAUCAAGGAGGUCCCUCCACCCCCCGUUGAAGAGAGUGAGGAAGAAGAUGAUGAUGGUCUACCUAAGAAAAAAUGGCCCACAGUAGAUGCAUCUUACUAUGGUGGGCGAGGCGUUGGAGGAAUUAAAAGGAUGGAGGUUCGUUGGGGAGAAAAGGGAUCCACAGAAGAAGGUGCCAAGUUAGAAAAGGCAAAGAAUGCGAGAGUCAAGAUGCCGGAGCAGGAGUAUGAGUUCCCUGAGCCUCGAAAUCUCAACAACAAUAUGCGCCGGCCCUCUUCGCCCCGGAAGUGGUACUCUCCCAUCAAGGGAAAACUCGAUGCCUUGUGGGUCCUACUAAGAAAAGGAUAUGAUCGUGUGUCGGUGAUGCGGCCACAGCCAGGAGACACGGGGCGCUGUAUCAACUUCACCAGAGUCAAGAACAACCAGCCAGCCAAGUACCCCCUCAACAACGCCUACCACACCACCUCCCCACCCCCUGCCCCCAUCUACACGCCCCCACCCCCUGCUCCCCACUGCCCUCCCCCUCCCCCCAGUGCCCCCACACCUCCCAUCCCCUCCCCCCCUUCCACCCUCCCACCCCCUCCUCAGGCUCCUCCUCCCAACAGGGCACCACCCCCCUCCCGACCUCCUCCAAGGCCUUCGGUCUAG